AUGGAUCCUGGAGAGGUCAUAGAUGGAGAAGAAGAGGACCGCGACCUCCCCUCUCCCUCGCGCGACACCACCUGCCGGCGUUGCGCGCUUGCGCGCCUCGCGCUCUUCGCCGUCCCGUUGCUCCCGCUGCCUCUCUCGCUCACCACGGCCGACCACCUCCCCGUAGCCUUGCCAAGCCCACUGCUCUGCCUCCGUCGCCACGGCCCUGCUCCGCCUGCUCGCGCCGCCCGGCUCCCCGCCGCCGUGCUGGCCAUCCUUCGCCCGCCCCGCUCUCCGGCGUCUGGCCGCGUCGGCUGCGCCCACCGCGGCCUCGCCCUCCUGGCCUCGCGCGGCCCCGCUCCCGCGCCGUUGCGCCCUGCUGGUCCCGCCCCGCUCUCCCUCGCCGACUCCCUGCGCCUGCCCCGCCCAGCGGCCGUGGCCGGCCGGUGCGCCGCGCCGCCGAGCGCGCACCAAUCCCGGCACCCCGCCGGCCGUCGCCCCGCGCCUGACCGUGACCUCCCCUCUCCCUCGCGCGACACCACCUGCCGGCGUUGCGCGCUUGCGCGCCUCGCGCUCGUCGCCGUUGUCACCGCACGCGUGCGCCCCGUCCACGCCCGUCGACGCGACCGCCCCGUUGCUCCCGCUGCCUCUCUGCGCUCGCCACGCCCGACCACCUCCCCGCAGCCUUGCCGAGCCCGCUGCUCUGCCUCCGUCGCCACGGCCCUGCUCCGCCUGCUCGCGCCGCCCGGCUCCCCGCCGCCGUGCUGGCCAUCCUUCGCCCGCCCCGCUCUCCGGCGUCUGGCCGCGUCGGCUGCGCCCACCGCGGCCUCGCCCUCCUGGCCUCGCGGCCCCGCUCCCGCGCCGUUGCGCCCUGCUGGUCUCGCCCCGCUCUCCCUCGCCGACUCCCUGCGCCUGCCCCGCCCAGCGGCCGUGGCCGGCCGGUGCGCCGGGCCGCCGAGCGCGCCCCCAACCCCGGCACCCCGCCGGCCGUCGCCCCGCGCCUCAUUGAAACCUCUUGCACUUGACCUGGUGUUCUUUGCUGGAGAUGAUGCACUUGACCUGGUGUUGUUGGCUGGUGGUGAAGUAGGUGGUGCGUUCAUUCUCUUUCUUGAUCCACCUGUUGAAACUGCAGUAGAUGGGGUUGCCCUUGUUGAAGCAGAUGUGGUUGCCCUUGUUGAAGCUGUUGCUGGUUUCCUGCCCCUAACUGGUCCUAAAGCUGGAUCAGGACCUGAAGCUGGAUCAGGACCUGAAGCUGGAGCUGGACCUGAUGAUGUGGCCCUAGCUGGAGGUGGCCUGGUUGGUGCUGAAGUUGCUGGGUAG